AUGGCGACCGGUGAGAGGCGAUCAAAUCUCAGGUUGCUCAGGACGUCAUUGAUUCUGGACCAAGGCGACACACGCACGACUCGCCAUGGAGACUGUCUCAGACUGUGUACUUACAACGCGAGAACAGUUUCCACAGACGCCGACCUGCAUGCCCUUCUCGGAGCUGCAGAGCGUAUCAAAUUUCACGUGAUUGCUCUGCAGGAGACCAAGUGCAGAAGGAGCGACGUACGACAGAUGAAUGACGGUACACUCGUCAUUCGUGGAGAGAAGGUUCCGUCGCGAAAUGUAGGCGGUGUUGGUUUCGUUGUGCACCCAUCUGUCGUCCAUCUCGUCGAUUCUCACGAGAUCCUGUCACCUCGUCUGGCCAUUCUUCGCCUCCGCCCUCUGCGCCAAAAAUCCAUUAGUAUCAUCAACUGCUAUUCACCAACAUCAGCAGCUGAUGAUUCCGAAUUGGACGCGUUUUACGAGGAGCUGGAGGAAGUAGUCCACAACGAGAAGUCCUUUUACAAAUUCGUUGUCGGAGACUUCAACGCAAAACUAGGAAAGGCCACAGAAGAGGAAUACAGGAUUGGAAGAUUUGGACUAGGGGACCGGAAUGAAAAUGGCAAUCGUCUCGCCGGGCUGUUGUCUGCCGCUCGCCUCUUUCAUGGGAACUCUCUUUUCAUGAAAAAAGAUCAUCGUCGGUGGACAUGGGAAUCGCCCAAUGGCGCGACUCGUGCGGAGAUCGACCACAUACUCACCAACCGGAGGUGGUGUCUACUUGACGUCUCAGUAGUACCAUCCUUUUGUAGUGGUUCUGAUCACCGUCUCCUUCGUGCGAAAAUACGUCUUAGCCACACGAUGGAAAAGAACAUCUGCUAUCGGCAACGAAGGAGAAAAGAAGUCGUCUACGACGAUUGCGCACUUGAGGACUCCCUGUCCCAAGGUGACUGGCACAUCGAGGAGGACCCAAACGUGGACUACGAGAUGCUGCUCAGAGGAUUACGAGCCUGUGCUGAACGUGCCUCGAAGUCGCGCACGACAAACUUGGAUCGAAUUUCGAAGACCACCAAGGAAUUGUUAGGAAGAAGAAGGGCUUUGAGGCUUGAUCCGAAUGCAUCGCACAUUGAGCAGUUAGUAGCAAACAAUAGCUGCAGAAAAGCGUUGCAGGAGGAUCUUUUGAAGUACAGGCAGAAGAAGAUUCUAGAAGCAGCACAAAGAAGAACGAGUCUAAAGAAGUGCCGCAGGGAUCUCCGCGAAUAUAAUAUUCCGCUAGCAACCUUGCUGAGCGAAGACGGGACUCGCACUUCUCGUCGUGAGAUGGAAAUCAUUACGGAGAGGUUCUACUCGAACCUUUUCCGUUCAUCAACUCCUGUGUCAAGCCCAAUCAUCCCCACUGGCGAAGCUCUACCACGGAUUCUCCCUUCGGAAGUACGAGUCGCUAUCAAGAGCAUGAAACCUGGCACAGCCCCCGGACCUGAUUUUAUAUCAGCAGACUUUCUUCGGGCUGGUGGCCAUCCGCUUCAUGUAAUCUUAGCAGUGCACAUGACAUCCUAUCUUCAGAAAGAAAGGAUCCCAGACCAGUGGAAGACCUCGCGAACCGUUCUUAUCCAUAAGAAAGUAUUCACCAAGAUCAUCCUCACACGCAUAUCUAGGACGCUGGAUGAAGCCCAGCGUCAAGAACAAGCUGGAUUCCGCCAAGGGUUCAGCUGCUUGGACCACAUCCAGACCGUGUCGAGGGUCAUAAAGGGUUGCCGGGAAUACCGCCUGCCCCUUGUUCUAACCUUCGUCGACUAUAAGAAAGCCUUUGACAGCGUAGAAACGAAUGCAAUACUGUCAGCGCUGGUCGAUCAAGGUGUGGACGCGUCGGGGGUACGACAAGGCGAUACUAUAUCGCCGAAGCUGUUCACGGCUGCACUGCAAUGGAUAAUGAAAUCACUAUCCUGGGAAGAAAGGGGUAUACGUGUUGAUGGAAGAUUUCUCUCGAACCUUCGUUUCGCGGACGACAUCGUUCUCUUUUCGAGCAGUACCAAUGAAGCAGAAACGAUGCUCAACGAAUUGAACGAAGCAGGGAAGAGAAUAGGACUACGAAUAAACAGAAAGAAGACACAGUUCAUGAAGAACGCGCACUGCGAGGACGGAGGAGUACAACUUGAAGGCUCCCAAAUCGUGGAAACUCCGUCAUACGUAUACCUCGGACGUUCUAUGAACAUGGAAAACGACUUGAAGGAAGAACUGAAUAGAAGAAUGAGAGCAGCACGGGCAGCAUUCGCAGCCGUCAGGGAAGCUACGGACCAACUGACGGACCAUGAUCUUCGUGCUCAUCUGUUCGACUCGACAGUCCUUCCAGCGCUCUGUUACGCAGCGAAGACGUGGGCAGACACCGCGGCCACGUCUAGGAAGCUACUUACUACCCACAGAGCCCUUGAGAGAUGUCUCCUGAAGUUUAACCGGCGCACACAACACCUUGCCGGUGUUCGUAGCUCCGACUUAAGAGGAAUGUCCCGUCUUCGCUACCCAGCGGAAUAUGUAUCGAAAGCAAAACAUAGAUGGGCCGGUCACAUCAUGAGAAGAAUCGACGAUAGAUGGACUAAAAGAACGCUAGAGUGGAUCCCAAGGGACGCUAAACGCCCCCGAGGGAGACCGCCAACGAGAUGGAGUGACGUGUUCGCUGCACGGAUGGACCAGCUGAGAGCUCAGCUGGGUACGGCUCAAGGACCUCGUCAACGUCACUCACGAAACUUGAGAACAUCUUGGAUGACAAUGGCGAGGGAACGAAACGAGUGGAAGAGAUGCUGGGCCCGCACGUCGAGUGAAGACGGGCCAUCUAAGUAUCUAAGUAAGUAUAAAUUUACUGGACACCUGUAA